AUGAAGCCAAAAUCAAGACAACAACAUCAAAUCGAAAACAAGUCGACAACGUACGAAACGCACUACACUCAAGCUCUUGGAAACUUCUUCGCGAUCCAAUGGGGAAAACCCAAGCUGGUGGCACUAGACCCACUCAAGCACUUAGCAAAGUCACAGAGGGCGAUCCAGUACAAUUUCAGCUCUGACCCCGCUUCAUUGACUAGCCCAAAUGCGGAGUUACUUGGAACGGACAGCCGAGCUUCUCAAUACAACAGGCACCAAUCUCCCAACAAGUGA